AUGGAUGGAAAUAGUAGGGGGGCUAUCAUAGCUAAAAUGGCUUUAGCAGCAAAUAAUCCAGUAACACAUUCAUCGUCAGUGAUUGAAGAUGAUAUUAUUGUUCUGCAACGUAUGGAAACUGUUAUGUCGGAUAACGAAAAGGAAAAUAUAACGCCAAAUAUAAUGGCAGCUUCUACAGUUUCUCAAGAUAUGGAAACAGGAACUGGUGAACUCAUUGAAGGUUUCAUCCCAAUCAUGAGGGACACUGCAAUGUCAGAUGUUGAAACUCAGGCGGAAGACAACGCAGGAUUCACCAGCAAUAAAACAUCUGAUGAUGAUUUCUCUUCGGAUGAUUCGUUGAUAGACAAAAAUUACGAACCAUCAUCUGAAGAAUCAGAUCAUAAUUUGAGCACAAUGGAAGGUGAAAAUAUGAAAGAAAAUAGCAGCCCAGAACUAGAAAGGACAGAUGAGGGAGAUGCAAGUGCAGAUAACAUUCAAGCAGAGGAUAUAGACGUGGACAUAUUAGCCCUACCGCCCGAUGUCGAUGAAUUGACGGAUGAGGAAGACUUCGAUGAUGAAGAGCUCGGAAUGCCAAUUGUCAAAGAUAUACCUGGAAAUGUGAAGAUGAACUAUAGGAAUGGUGAAGGUGACAUCGAUGAGGAUAGCGAUUCACAGCUUGACUGUGACGACGAAGACGAGUUGCCAUUAGCAUCAUUGGUGACUGAAAUGUCACCGACCGCCAUAGUGACUCCGAUCACCGGGCCAUCCAAGCGGCGAGGAGGGAAAGCAGAGAUUCUGUCGGAUGUAGUGAUUAAACCGGCAGAAACUGUAGCGCCAAAGCCCAAAAAGUCGAAUCGGCGGCGACACAACAGCUCGCCGCUUCUGAAAAAAGUUUUAGAGAAGUCUAUUGCGGCAUUAGAGACUACAUCUGCUAGUCAACCAGCAGAUUCUCAACCUUCGACUACAGCUGCUUCAAUUACACCAGCUCCGUCGACUUCGACUGCUCCAAUUCUACCGGCUCCCUAUUGUUCAUCAACAUAUUACAAAAGAUCAUCUGAGUUGCAGAGGGCAUCAUCGAGUGAGAAGCAGAAAACAAGCACAUCAUCCAAUGCAACUGCUGCUGUGUACAGUGUUGAUGCAACUGAUGGAGCCAGAAGUAUGACAGGAAUACAUAGAGGGGUAACAUCAAUUCUUCAGAAGAAAAUUAACCACGAAAUUCUAACAUUUCACUGUAUAAUUCAUCAAGAAGCGCUUUGUGCCCAAACAUUUCCGGCCGAAAUAAUUGAGGUCAUGAACUUGGUGAUUAAGAUCAUUAACAGCAUCUUGGCAAAAGCUCUCUACCAUCGCCAGUUCAAAGAUUUCCUUGAGGAAAUAAAUAGCCAGUAUUCUGACCUACUUCUGCACAAUAAGGUGCGAUGGCUUUCCAGAGGUAACGUAUUACAACGUUUUGCUUUGAUCUUGAGUGAAAUAAAAACAUUCCUCAAUGAAGAAAACAUCGACCAUUUCGAAUUGAAAGAUGACAAAUGGCUGCAAAAAUUCAACUUCAUGGUGGAUACCACAAUGAAACUAAAUGAACUAAAUCUAAAACUGCAGGGAAGGGGCAACCCAGCCUACGCUUUACUUGAAGAAGUAGUUUGUUUCGAACAAAAAUUACUCCUUCUUGUUGAAGACAUGGAGAGCAGUAACUCAAUUCAUUUUAAAAAUCUGAAGAAGUAUCGCGAUGAGACCAAUGCAACUAUUGACACGAAUUACUUCAGCUUGGUUAUAAAAAACAUCAAGGAUGGAUUCGCUGAAAGAUUCGAGCAAUUCAAAUCAAACAAAAGUACUCUCGCGUUUAUAGUAAAUCCUCUCAACACAAAUACAAAUGAGAUCAACAUCGAACCACUUGGAAUUGAUGCUGGAUCGCUCCAAAUGCAAUUGUUGGAUUUGAAAACCAAAGACUUGUGGAGUGGCAAGUUCACAGAACUCAAGAGUAAGUUGGAAGAGUUGGAGGUCAAGAAAUGCAUGCACAUCGCGCAGCACAAGUGGACAGCUCUGAAAGAAAUGCCGCACGUUGAGACCCUCAUAUUCGACGCAUGGAAUAGUCUUCCAUAA